UCUUCUGCCAGCAGCCGCCAGGGGGCAGCACCGACGCUGGCGCUCUUGCCGGAACGCGAGGCAAGGCGGCUCCGGUUCCAACCCGGAGCGGCGGAGAAGGUGCACCGCCCGUCCUUGAGCGCAGCUAGCAAGGGUGCCUUGAAGGGCUGCGGGGGAGGGGAGGGAGACGCGGCGAUGGCUGCGCUGCCCGUUUCUUGCAUGGUCCCGCGUGGCUUGUUCCUUCUGAGGCCCCUUGUGGGUUCCACCAGUUCCUCCCGCUUGCUGCAUCAGACAUCUUCAGCUGAGAGUACUGACAGGUAUUCUCUGCUCGUGGCAUACCUGAUAAUUACCUCUUUUAUUGAUUUAUUUACUCCCGAGCAGCACGGUGGCCUAGAGGGAAAGAUCUCAUCUCACAAUCAAGAGGCUAGCCGUAUCUUUUGUCGAUGCAGUUCCGUCCAGGUUCAGGAGAAGAGCAGUGCCAUUGUUCAGAAGAAGCCGCUGCUUCCCAGCAGUCGAGGAGAAUAUGUCGUCACCAAGUUGGAUGAUUUGGUCAAUUGGAUCCGUCGAAGUUCCUUGUGGCCGAUGACCUUCGGCUUGGCAUGUUGCGCCGUCGAGAUGAUGCACAUGGCCUCCCCCCGCUACGACAUGGACCGCUUCGGGGUGGUUUUCCGGGCCAGUCCCCGGCAAGCCGACGUCAUGAUUGUGGCCGGCACUUUGACCAACAAGAUGGCCCCUGCCCUCCGGAAGGUUUAUGAUCAGAUGCCCGAGCCACGUUACGUGGUGUCCAUGGGGAGUUGUGCCAAUGGUGGAGGUUACUAUCACUACUCAUAUUCCGUGGUGAGGGGCUGUGAUCGGAUCGUGCCCGUGGACAUCUAUGUGCCAGGCUGCCCUCCUACGGCUGAGGCCCUCCUGUACGGAAUCCUGCAGCUCCAGAGGAAGAUUAAACGAGCGAAAGCGAUGCAGAUCUGGUAUCGGAAAUAACGGGCUUGUUUGCAAGCUGCCAUGUUGAAAAUGGCCGCCCUAACAGUAGCUGUAGCGCACAUACGUUAAACUACUGUGUAUAAACUUUGUCAAUAAACUUAUAAUUAUUGUAUCUGGAGAAAAA